AUGGAUUCUGGCGAUGUAGCACAGGCUUCGGCUGCUGGUGGCGGAUGCGACAAUGGGAUGAAGAUGCAACAAUGCCACCGCACUCAGUUCAACAGGUUGGAAAGGCGCCAAGGGCCUAGCUUGGCCCUGCUGACUUCGAGUUUGGAGCCGAGGCUGGGCCUAGCAUCUCGAAGCUUCAUCUUCAGCCUAUGUUUGCCAAAUGUUGAAUCCAUGAGGUCGGUGGUGGUCUUCCAUGUCAUAUGGGGCCUCGCUGUAUCUAUCAGGGACUCCGACAUGCGGUUGGAUACGGAAAGUCUAGUGCACAGUGACGCGAAGGACGAGUGUGAGGAGAAGCUUCGAAAGGCGAUAGAUGAGAAUGCCAAGCUGGUGGCGGAAAGCACCAGUCUCAGGAACACGAUGGAGGACGUGAAGGACUUGAAAGUGAAAGUGGACAAGCUGAAGGGCCAGCUCAUCCCCACUGCGCCGAACGCUUCGAAUGCUUCUGCCACGGAUGAUGGUGACUUCGGAAUGGGAUGCUGUUGUCGAGUGGGGAGGUGCCACCGAGACGAAGAGGGUGUCGAUGGCACACGGGCGGUGGAGGUUCCAGCAGAUCGCUGCUGCAAGCAGCAGUUUCUGAGUGCGCAGCACUGUUCAUCCGGCUGGGAGAAUGCCUCGGCUUCGGACUGCACCAGCGCCGAGAUGGAGAUGCUGGAACGCUUCAACCGAACAGCCGUGGCCAGCGAGAACCACCAGCAGUCAGAAUGCCAGCAUGAAUUGCUGGCAGUCUGGGAUGGCAUCCAGAAAUGGACAGACAACCUGUCGCUUCACGGGCAUUGGAUCCACAGCAUCCACAGCCGGCAUCUCAGUGAGACCAUCCAGGCCCGUCUCUUUGUCACCGGUUUCCCCUUUGAGGACGGGGCAGUGGGUGCCAGACUCUUUGGCAUGGCUGCGGGCACCAAGCUGCUCAUGUCUGGGAUGAGCCCAGACUCAGACGCUUACAAGACAUGGAAGAGCAAAGAGCAUGCAGGCGAACUGAACCGAGAUACCGUCCUUGGAGGCAUCCUUCUGGAGCGGCUAAAUGGCAGCGAGUUUGGAAAGUGCGAUCUUGCCACCAUGCAGACCUUUUGGCAGACCGCUUCGACCAGCUUCCUGAACGUCAACAACACCAAGCCGCUCCUGAUUUUAAUCAACGAAACGCUGCGGAGCCUGCCGGACACCAUGUUCUGGAAGGACGAGGUCUCGGGCAUCUCGCGCAGUCCACCGCGUGGCAGUGUCCGGCUCGUGACUUUCCAGACUGGGUGCCUGGAGUUGGUGGAGAAGCUCUCCUCCCAGAUCGCUGAGCAGCUCACAAGAUUCCGAGCUGGCCGGCUUCGAUGGGAAGAGGAGGUCACCAGCCUCACCUGCCAGACUGCCGGUAGAGACCCGACAGAGGAACAGAGGUAUCUGCCCCCCUUUUGGCGAGCAGAGAAGCUGCGCGAGCAUGGCUACAGAACCAGGCGCCUCCGAGCCCUUGGCUACUCUGCAAAACGGAUGUGGGACGUUGGGUACAACGCCUCCGAGCUCCGAGAGGCAGGUUUCAUGCCCGUGGACUUGAAGGGCAUGUACGAUUGCAAGGAGCUUCGAGUGGCUGGAUACAGCCCCAAAGACCUCCUCCCUGCUGGAUUCUCCGUGCAGGACCUGCGGAUUGUGAACUACAGCGCCAGGGAGAUGAAGAGUGACGAGGUCUUGGCGAAGGACCUGAAGAGCGGAGGCUACGAGGCCGGUGAGCUCAAGGUUGGCGGCUACACCCUGGCGGAGAUGAUCCAAGCCGACUUCGAUGUUCAGGAGCUGAAACGCAUCGGCUACGCGGCCAGGGAUUUCAACUUGGCCGGAGCCAACUUUACCUUGGUGAGCAAAGCGUUCACCGGCAAGGAGCUGAAGAAUGCAGGCUACAGGUGCCUCGAGCUGCACACGCUCUCCACAGAACGGAAGAAGCAAGAGCUGAAGGGGAAUGCCCGUUUCCAGAAUAGUGAGGAAGACGUAAGAUGCGACUAUCUGGAGGUCCUGAACUGCACGCUUCAGGACCACCAGCAGGCGAACAACUCCGUCCAUUGCCUUCUUUCUCAUCUCCACAAGGACCCCAGGAACGUGGUGGGCCAAAAAUUUCCGGCAAGCUACUUGUGCAGCGAUCAGGGUAAAGCUCUCCACAAACACGGCAUCGCAGCUUCGAUGCUCCGGGAGGCUGGCUACAACGCGAGUGAGCUUCUCCUCGGCGGCUGCCAGGUAAAGGAUCUGAUGAACGCUUACACCUGCAGUGAGAUAGUGAAAGCAGAGGCAGCGGUGCAACUCGAGACCUUGAAGGAGCUAGGUUGCAACGCGACGGAGUUGCUCGCAGCAGGUGUAAGUCCAAAGGAGAUGAAGGAUGCCAAAUUCCAGGCUCGAGACUUGGUGGAAGCGAAGGCAGUCUACCGCAAAGACGUCCGGCCGUUGAAAGAUGCCGAUUUCGAUGCGAAGAGCUUACACCAAGCUGGAGUGCCCGCCAGAACUUUGAAGUCUGCCGGUUUCAAUGCGAUGACCUUGUUUGAUGCAGGCGUGCCGCCUGCGGAGUUGAAGGGUGCUGGUUUCGAUAUGACGGCCUUGCUCAAGUCCCUUUACAACGACAGAAAGUUCACCAAGCACGAUGCGCUCGCCAAGAACUUCGCAUGUGCCGAUGUGAAAUCGUACUACUACUGGGUUCCAUGUAACUGA